AUGGCGUCCAACGGUACCAGUGCGUACCAUGCUUCCUCCACCCAGGAGGCCAUCCAGGCUGAGAAGGACUUCGCUGCUCAUAACUACCAUCCACUUCCUGUCGUCUUUGCUCGUGCUCAGGGUACCUCCGUGUGGGAUCCCGAGGGUCGUCACUAUCUCGACUUCCUCUCCGCGUACUCUGCCGUCAACCAGGGUCACUGUCAUCCCAAAUUGGUGGCUGCCCUGGUUGAUCAGGCUUCGCGGCUGACUCUGAGCUCGCGUGCCUUCUACAAUGAUGUCUUCCCGCGCUUCGCUCAGUUUGUGACGGAGUACUUUGGAUUCGACAUGGUCCUGCCCAUGAACACGGGUGCCGAAGCCGUGGAAACGGGCAUCAAAAUCGCUCGUAAGUGGGGAUAUAAAGUAAAGGGCAUCCCAGAGAAUCAAGCGGUGGUCCUGAGUGCCGAGAACAACUUCCAUGGGCGUACUUUCGCCGCUAUUUCCUUGUCAUCGGACCCCGAAUCUCGUGAAAACUACGGGCCCUACCUGCCAGGGAUUGGCUGCACCAUCCCCGGAACGGACAAUCCCAUUACGUACAAUGAUAAAACUGCCCUGCGGGAGGCCUUUGAAAAGGCGGGCCCCAAUCUGGCCGCGUUCCUAGUCGAGCCCAUCCAGGGUGAGGCUGGUAUUGUCGUCCCCGACGAGGAUUAUCUGCAGGAGGCGCGGACCCUAUGUGACAAGCACAACGUACUGCUGAUCUGCGAUGAGAUCCAAACGGGUAUUGCUCGGACGGGUAAGCUGCUCUGUUAUGAGUGGAGCGGAAUUAAACCGGACCUGGUGCUUCUGGGGAAGGCCAUCUCUGGUGGUAUGUACCCAGUGUCCUGCGUGUUGGGCCGGAAGGAUGUCAUGCUCACCGUCGAGCCUGGCACUCACGGGUCGACGUACGGUGGCAACCCCUUGGCGUGCGCGGUGGCCAUCCGGGCUCUGGAGGUGAUCAAGGAGGAAGGGAUGGUCGAGAGGGCCGAGAAGCUGGGCCAUAUUUUCCGCGAUGGCUUGAAAGCUAUCAACAACCCGAUGAUCCAGACCGUGCGUGGCAGGGGUCUGCUAAAUGCCAUUGUCAUCGACGAAACGAAGACAAAUGGACAUACGGCCUGGGAUCUCUGUAUGUUGAUGAAAGAAAAGGGUCUGCUGGCCAAACCCACUCAUCAGAACAUCAUCCGUCUCGCCCCGCCUCUUGUGAUUACGGAUGAGGAGAUCCAGAAGGCACUGGCGAUCAUCGAAGAGGCCGCGGCGGAGCUGCCGAAUCUCAAAGGUGAGGCCGAGGAUAGAGUAAUCCCUCCUCCAGAGAAGAAGGUCAAGAUUGGCAUUGAGAACUAG